GAAGGUUCAUUGUCAAAUUUUAGCAGAGUGGAAUGUGGAUUGGUUAGCAGCAGUUAUCGAACACAAGAUAAGAAAAUCCAUUUUUAAGUUCUCUCUCGAGCCCCUACCUCCUUGCCACUCUCUAGUCUACCCAGUGCCCGCCUUCUCUGCUUCUCUCUAUCUCUCUCCCUCUCUCUCUCGUCCUGAAAAUUAAAUUGCUGUUUGUAGGGAGGGAAAGUUAAAAAUCGCCAGGAACAUCUCCUCUGCCAAUGCUGUUUAGCAGAAUUAAAGGAAACUUUUAUGUCUCCAUUCUCAGAGCACUCUGUUGUGUGGUCUUGUGCUAACCCUUUAGAAGCUGCUUCACUCCAAGCCCUUCUUUCUUCUUUAUAUCAUAGUUCCAGGACCAGCACCAUUACCUUUUUCUUUUUCGUAGAAUCCAUGUUUGUGUUUUACAAAACCAAUACAUGAGAUGGGUUUCUCUAAAAAAGCUUCUUCAUAAGCUACAUUUCCAGUAGGAACUCAUUCCCAUUUAUCAAAAGAUGAAAUGGGUUGCUCUGGAACUUCCCCAAAAAGCAAAGAUUUCCUCCUCUAAAACCCUAGUCAAAAAUCUCCAAGAAAGAAUGAACAAAACCUCCAUUUUGGCAGAACCUUACCUCCUUUUCUCCAAAAGACAAGAAUAAAAGAAACAAACAAAAAAAACACCAGAUUCCACAAAAACAACGAACUUUCCUGUGCUUUCUUCUCGACCCAUUUCCUAAAAGCAGCCCCAUCACAUACUGAAGCAGGAAACAAUUGCCUGCUGCAACUUCAACGAGACGAAAAGAGAAGAGAUGGGCUGUGUGGCCUCUAAGUUAGAGGAGGAAGAAGUAGUCUUCAUCUGUAGGGAAAGAAAACGCCAGCUGAAGUUAGCGGUUGAGAGAAGAUUUGUUCUCGCAGAGGCGCAUUCUAGGUACUGUCUGGCUCUUUACGCAGUUGCAGCAGCCAUUAGGCUUUUUGUAGCUCGUCACUCCUCUCCUUCUUGCCCGUUUCUCAUCACCUUCCCACCCCCUUGCCCUGCUUCUCCUCCCCCUCCUGAAAAUACCAUCUCCACCAACCCAUUGUUCCUCCAGCAGAGGCCGUCAGAGUCCACCCAAGAGACCAUUGCUUGCCCGUCACCUGAUUCUUCAACAUCCUCGUCCAAAGAAGAAGAAGAAGAAGAAGAAGAAGAAGAUGAAGAAAAGGGAAAAGAAGAAACAAGAGACACAAAACAAGAACAGGUUUGUGGGUAUUUCUAUAUGCAAAUGCCACCACCAAUGCAUUCGCCAGGGAGAGAUUUUGGGUGGGACUUCUUCAACCCCUUUGAUGGGGUUAGGCCGGAGGUGAUAAAUGGGUACAGGUAUAGCCCUUGUUCUGAUGAUGAUAAUUUAAGGGCAGUGAGAGAAGAGGAAGGUAUUCCAGACCUGGAGGAGGAAGGAGAUAGAAGAGAGGAAGAAAAGGUGGCGGCUGUUGAAGAGAAUGGCAGUGAAGAGUGUGAGGAGAGUAGGGUUGAAGUUGUGAGGGUGGUAAUGGAUGGUGCUAAUGUGAGCCAGGGGGAGCAGAGAGGCCCAAUAGUUAUCCAUAAUCCGGCGACCGGGAGGGAAAUGCUAGAAGCUUUGAAGGAUAUUGAGUACCAUUUCAUCAGGGCUUAUGAUUCUGGCAAAGAUGUCUCCAGGAUGCUGGAGGCCAAUAGAGUUCAUCUGCAGUCUGGUCUCGGGGAAAUUAAAGAGAAUUCGACAAAACUCAUUCAAGCUAUCACUUGGCACCGGUCCACUUCAUCUCGGUCUUCAUCCUGCAAGAGUCUUGUAGCAACCGGUUCUAAAAAUUCAGCAUGGAAAGAAUACAAGAAUGAUAUCUUUGAUGAUCAUGGGGGAAUGGUUUCUGGAAGCCAUUCGCUAACGCUCGGAAGGUUAUAUGCAUGGGAGAAGAAGCUAUACGAAGAGGUUAAGGCUGGAGAUAGCAUGCGGAAAAUCUAUGAGAGGAGGUGCUCACAACUGAGAAACCAGGAUGUCAGAGGAGAUGUACUCAACAUGGACAAAACCAGAGCCGCAGUAAAAGAUUUACAUGCUAGAAUCUUGGUCACAAUUAGAAGCGCCGAGUCAAUCUCAAAAAGAAUUGAGAAACUAAGGGAUGAAGAACUGCAACCACAAAUUGUUGAGCUGCUGCAAGGCCUAAUGAGAACCUGGAAAAUUAUGCUGGAAUCCCAUGAAACCCAGAGCAGAAUUCUAGCUGAAGUGAAUGCCUUUGCCUGUCCCACCUCUGGAAAAUUUUGCAAUGAUUCUCACCGACUUGCAACACUUCAACUUGAAGCUGAGCUUCAGAAUUGGCAUGCCUGCUUUACAGAAUACACUGCUGCACAAAAGGCAUAUAUUGAAGCAAUCUAUGGAUGGCUGUCCAAGUUUGUAGUUCCAGAAGUUGAAUCCUACUCGAGAGGCAGGAGCGAGGCUGUAUCAUAUCGAGCCAAUGGGCCACUGUUGCUUGUAAUAUGCCAUGACUGGCUAGCCUCUUUGGAGAAGUUGCCAGAGAAGACAGUUGCCUGUGCCAUGAAAAGCUUUGCAAAGGAUGUGAGAGCCUUGUGGCUUCACCAAGGAGAGGAACAGCAGCAGAAGAGGAAAGUUGACACUCUAGCGAAAGAACUUGAUCGAAGAAUUCUAGGGUUCCAGAAGGCUGAGAAAAAGGUUCUUGAAUCCAGUAUCUCAAAACCAAAGUUGGACACAGAUGCCCCAGAUUACUUGACAGAGAAGAAAGACCUGUUGGAUGUUUUCACGAUGAAGCUAGAUGCAGAAAAAGCAAAACACCACAAUUGCACACAAGAAACACAGAGGGUCAUGCUGGAUGGAUUUCAGAUGGGAUUCUCUAUGAUUUUUGAGUCCUUAACAGAUUUCUCCAAGGCUUCUCUGAAAAUGUACAAUGACCUUGUGACCAGUUUUAGUGAUACUACACAGGAAGUUGGGAACCCAUCAUACAUUGAGGGCUCCCAGAUUGAUGAGGGUAGCAACAAAUGAUACAAGAAGCCAGAAAAAAAAAAGGGGGGGAAUUGUGUAGUAAGGUUUGUAUAUUAAAUUGUGUUGAAGCAGCUCGCUGAGACUCUUUGAAGACAGUUUUUUGCAAAUUUAAGUGGAGUGGAUCUAUUGAUUGUUAAUUAUCAAUAGAUUUAAUGAUUGCCCAAAAUUUUGGUGCAGAAUUUGUAAGUUACCUGAUUUCUCUACUUUCUUGGCAAGUGCCCCAGGAUGUUGUAUUGAGACAGCAAGUAGGUGGACAGUCCUUGUAAAUAGUGGUAUGGGUGUUCAAUAUUACAAAUUUUCAAGUUCUCUAGGAGGCUUGAGAAAUUAAUAUU